UCUCACACCCUGUUACCUACAACAGCCCUGCCUGCCCAGUCACUCCACUGACUUUUUACUGUCUCCAUCUGUUUGUAGGUCUGAUGAUAGCUCGAGAAUUUGCAGAAGACAUAGUUCUGGAUGAAGACACUGCUCACCCUAAGCUCUUUGUGUCAGAUGAUGGGAAACGUGUUGAAUAUUUGUCAAGAGAGAGAGCUGUUCCUGAAAGUCCUGGAAGAUUUACCUCUCUCCGAGCUGUGCUGGGUCGGAACAGCUUCUCCAGUGGGCACCAUUACUGGGAGGUGGACGUAGGAGGGAACGAAAUCUGGACGGUGGGACUGUGCUCGGAUUCAGUCAACAGGGAACUACAUUUUGAGGAUAUUCAUCCUGAGAAUGGUUUUUGGAACAUAAGCAGGACUUUUAAUAAUUACCAGGCUCUUUAUCGAUCCUGUUUUGAUUUUAAGGUUGCAGCACCUCCUUUAACAGUGGGGAUUUUUUUGCAGUAUGAGCAAGGACUGAUCUCUUUCUACGAUGUGAAGCAAUUUAGGAUACUGUAUACUUUCAUAGGCAAUUUCACUCAGCCCUUGAGGCCAUGUUUUUUAUUGAAAUCUCCCCAUGCUGCCCUUACCAUCCUCCCAGUGUGACCACUGGAUGAAUGUGACCUCCCUAGAGCACACUUAAGGGCCUUCCCCAGGCUCAUAGUCAUGGACCAGGACAGCAAGCAGUCAGUAAAGUCCCAGACUGCUUCCCAGCCAUCUGGAAGAUUAAGUGUAAUUCCUGUUAUUUGGACAUUUCCACUGCUCACCAUGCAGCUCAGCUUCCCCUUAAUACACUUCCCUUUUUCCCUGUGAACUUGGAGAAAUGAAGCUUCUUCCUAUUCUCCCUGACUUGAGCAUGAGAUUCUGAAGAGUUGGCUGCUUCCCUCAGUAGAUCACUGCUGUGCAUUUCUCACCAUGCUCUAGAACAGAGUAACGGUAUUUUUAUAUUUCAUCAAUAACUGGCUUUUUGGUAAAAUGAGAAUGAUGCUUAUUUGUAUGUCCAUGUGUGUGCUAGCAUCAGUGCAGAGAGUUCCUAACGAUGGGAUAGCGACAUUAAGAUCGAAUCUUAUCAACAGUACUACU